GGAGAUGCCCUCGGAGGCGGCGGGGCCCGCGGAGGGCGGCGGGUCCGAGGCGCUGCUGCGGGAGCUGGAGACGCGGGUGCGCGCCGUGGUGGGCGCCAGCUCGUGGUGGGAGCGACACGGCCUGGACGGCGCGAUCCUGGCGCUCAGCCUGCUCGUCCUGCCGGCCGGGUUCCUGUGUUUGAGGGCUGACAACGUACUAGUGUUCGCCGUGGGCCUCGUCGUCCUGGGGGUGUCCCACUACACACUGACCGUCAAGGGCAGCCACCUGGCCACACACGGCGCCCUCACCAAGUCCAAACGCUGGAGCAAGAUCUGGACGGUGUUCUUCGUGGAGGUCUGCACGGCCUUCACCGCUGAACAUGCCCGACACGGACAUGUGAAGAUGCAUCAUGGUUACACCAACGUGCUGGGCUUGGGGGACUCGAGCACAUGGCGGCUGCCACUCCUCAAUCGCUACGUCUACAUGUUUCUCGCUCCCCUCCUCAUCCCAGUUCUCACCCCACUUGUGGCCUUGGAGCGGCUACGGACCUUGGAGCCCCGAGAGGCACUUCGCUCUCUGACCCUCAUCGGCCUGGGCCUCUAUUCCCACUACUGGCUGCUCCGCCAUGUGUCGGCCUUUCAGAGUGUGGGCUCUGCGCUGCUCUGCAUGCUGGUGACCCGCUCCCUGCUGGCGCACCCCUACCUGCAUGUUAACAUCUUCCAGCACAUUGGGCUCCCGAUGUUCUCCCUGAAGACAAAGCCCCGAAGAAUCCACAUGAUGAGUUUGGGGGUCCUCAACCUGCCAAGGCUCCCCGUGCUGGACUGGGCUUUCGGCCACUCUAUCAUCAGCUGCCAUGUGGAGCAUCACCUGUUCCCCACACUCUCUGACAAUAUGUGCCUAAAAGUGAAGCCCGUGGUGUCCCAGUUCCUGAAGGAGAAGCAGCUGCCGUACAAUGAGGACUCAUAUGGGGCGAGAUUCCGCCUCUUCUUGAGCCGCUACGAGGAGCUCAUGGUGCAGGCGCCCCCCAUCACGGAGCUGGUGGGGCUGCAGUGAGAGUGAGAAGCUCCCUCACCCCACCCCACUCCCAAAGUGUCCUCCCUGUGCAGCUGGGCCUGGCGGAGGGGAUGCCAGCUUUGUGGGGCCCUCAGGUGAGAAGGCCCCACGGUUAGGGUCUCUUGGCCCUGACCAAUUUCAUCUCAGGACUAAAAACACUCAGUUCCUCCCGCUUGCUGUCCAGGCUGAGCCUGGGGGGCAGUGAUGGAAAACAGGAGUCCCCCCUACAACCAAAGGAACCCCAAGAGGCUGAGAUCAGUCAGCACACGGAGGAGGGUGAGCGCUCCAGGAGAACUAAGAGGGUGCUGGAGUAUAAACAGCUUUGAACACCA